GACAAUUGCCAAUAGGUAGACUGCUCACUGAGUAAGUUAUCAUCAUCCUGAUUCAAUUUGCAUUCCUUUCAGUCCAUUUUAUUAUUAUUAAACCCUCACAGCUUGCUCGCUUGCUCAUUCGUCUGGUAAUUUGCAGGCAUUGUCGCGUCCAUUUUCACACUCUCUCCACAUUAUCCACACAACUUGGAUUCGUACCUUUCUACUCCUUCCUUCUCCCCUUUAGUUUUUCUCUUGACGCGUAGAGCGGCCUGUAGCAACAUCUAGUUCUCAUCACUCAUCGUCACGUCGUAUCCAUCUUACUUUUUCUUCUCGUCCCUCACAUACACACAGCACAACAACAUGAGCACAUCAGACGCUUGCUACACCAUCAUCCAUCAGUCUGAUGCAGAUGAGGAGAUCAGACCAGAGACCUUACGCCAGCGGAUCGAGAAGGGCUCGGAUGAGGUCAAAAUUGAGACCAUGCGCAAGAUCAUCUUCACUAUGCUCAACGGAGAUCCUCUCAACUCGCUUCUCAUGCCAGUCAUCAUGAAUGUUAUGCGCUCUCGUAACAAGCAACUCAAGAAGCUUGUUCAUUUUUAUCUCGAAAUCUGUCCCAAAACCAACCCUGAUGGCAAACUUAAGCAAGAGAUGAUUCUUGUCUGUAACGCGUUGAUGGGCGACUUACAGCACCCAAAUGAGUAUAUCAGAGGAUCAACCCUUCGUUUCCUAUGCAAGCUUCGUGAAGCUGAGUUGCUCGAGCCUUUGCUUCCCUCUGCCCGUGCUUGCUUGGAACAUCGCCAUUCAUAUGUCAGGAAGAAUGCCAUCUUCGCCAUCUACACCGUGUACAAGCACAUUAACUAUCUUAUUCCUGAUGCCCCAGAGCUAAUCCACGCAUUGUUGCUCCAGGAGGCGGACAUGGCUUGCAAACGCAAUGCGUUUGUCAUGCUAGUUAACUGUGCUCCUCAGCUGGCUGUUGAGUAUUUAGAGUCAGUAAUCAACCAGGUUCCCAAUUUUGAUGAGCUCCUGCAAAUGGCAAUUGUCGAUUUGAUCCGCAAGGACUGCAGGAACAAUGCCGCUAAUAAGGGCAAGUACAUUCGCUGCAUUUUUGAGCUUCUGAAUGCGCCGUCGCACUCUGUGAAGUAUGAGGCUGCCACGACCUUGAUGGCUCUCACCUCCAAUCCAGCUGCUGUUAAAGCUGCUGCAUCCUGCUAUAUUGAGCUCAUUGUCAAGGAAGCCGAUAAUAAUGUCAAGUUGAUUGUAUUGGGUCGUCUUGAUGAACUGCGUGAGAAACAUGAGAAGGUCUUGGAUGAUUUGGUCAUGGAAAUUCUCCGUGUUCUUUCAAGCCCUGAUAUUGCUGUCCGAAAACGUGCUGUUGGUAUCGCUUUAGAUAUGGUUUCGAGUCGCAAUGUUGACGAGGUGGUUGGAUUUUUGAAGAAGGAGCUCACAAAGACUUUGGAUCAGGAUUAUGAUUUGAAUAUCGAAUACCGCCAGCUUUUGAUUCAAUCCAUUCACUCAUGCGCUAUCAAAUUCUCCGAAGUUGCGGCAAGUGUUGUUCAUGUGUUGAUGGAGUUCUUGGGCGACUCCAAUAAUCCUUCCGCUGUAGAUGUCAUUGCGUUUGUUCGUGAGGUUGUUGAAAAGUUUCCUAGUCUUCGUUCAUCAAUUCUGGAGCGUCUCAUGGAAACUUUCCCUGAAAUGAAAGCGGCCAAGGUUUUCCGUGGAGCCCUCUGGAUUGUUGGAGAGUACUGUUUGGAGGUCCAGGAUAUUGAGGACGCAUGGAAGCAUAUCCGCGCAGGAUUAGGUGAGAUUCCUAUCCUGGCAUCAGAGCAACGCCUCUUGGAUGAAGCUCAGAACGAGGAUAACGAGGCCAAGGCGGCUGAAGCAAAAUCUGCCCCUUCGACAAAGCAGCGUGUAUUGGCUGACGGUACCUAUGCCACAGAAUCUGCACUGGCCUCCUCAGUUUCAGCACAAUCCAAGUUGGAGGCCGUUAAGGCUGCUGCCAAGCCUCAGUUGAGAGCUCUGCUUUUGGGAGGUGACUUUUAUCUCGCCACCGCAUUGGCAUCGACUUUGACUAAGCUGGUCCUCCGUUUUUCGGAUGUGAGCCAGGAUCACCGCCGCCUCAACUCUCUUCGCGCCGAAGCCAUGUUGAUCAUGACCUCAAUCAUUCGUGUUGGUCAGUCUCAAUUCGUCAACUCCCCAAUUGAUGAAGAUUCCUACGACCGUAUUAUGUCCUGCCUCCACGUGUUGGAAAAGUUCUCACAGGAUCCAUCGAUGAAGCGUGUGUUCUUGGAGGAUACCAAGGCAGUUUUUGGAAGGAUGGUUCAGGCAGAGGAGAAACGUAAGGAGGAGAAGAAGGCUAAGGACAAUAAGAAUGCUCGUGUCCAGGCUGAUGAUCUGAUCACAUUCCGUCAGUUCUCGAAGGCUAAGCAUGGAGAUGAGGUAGAUGAAUACGAGUUGGAUUUGACAAAGGCAACUGGCAGUGGUGACUCUAAGGACGACCUGAUCUCGAAAUUGAGCAGAGUCGUUCAGUUGACCGGCUUCUCUGACCCUGUUUAUGCUGAGGCCUAUGUGAAUGUACACCAGUUUGAUAUCAUGCUUGAUGUCCUGAUUGUCAAUCAAACGGCUGAUACACUUCAGAACUUGGCCAUUGAAUUCGCAACGCUUGGUGAUCUUAAAUUGGUGGAGCGUCCUGGACAACACACAAUUGCACCUCAUUCCUUCCAUUCGAUCAAGGCCAACAUCAAGGUUUCAUCCACGGAGACAGGAGUGAUCUUUGGCAACAUUGUGUACGAUGGACCCACGACAGGCGACAGCAACUGUGUCGUUUUGAAUGAUAUCCACAUUGACAUUAUGGAUUAUAUCAACCCUGCAUACUGCACUGAGACGCAAUUCAGGAGCAUGUGGCUCGAGUUUGAAUGGGAGAAUAAGGUUAAUGUUAAUACUUCCAUCACUGACCUUCAACAAUAUUUGCAACACAUCAUGAAGUCGACCAAUAUGUCAUGCUUAACUCCUGAGGCAGCAUUGUCCGGCGAUUGCGGUUUCUUAUCAGCCAAUAUGUACGCACGAUCAGUCUUUGGUGAAGAUGCACUCGCUAAUUUGAGUAUUGAACGACAGGGCGAUGGUCCUAUCACUGGUCAUGUUCGUAUCCGUUCCAAGACCCAGGGAAUUGCUUUGAGUCUUGGAGAUAAGAUUACACUGGCUGCCCAGAAGGUAGCCACUGUUGCUGCUUAAAAAAAGCAAAGCAAUUGGCAACUCACAUCAUUUAUAAGGGAUCUUGAUUAAAAGAUAUAUUACGAUGAGUAGAAAUAAGUAUAAAAAAAAAAGCAUUGAAUAAUUAAACAUGAUAUCACUUUAUGGCAAGGAGAUUUAAUGCCCUUAAGCC